UUUUACUACUCGCUAUCGACUCAUACCACCCAUGUCACAAAUUCCUGUGUUCACAAUUGUCACAAACAGUUCCAGGGCAAAAGAUAACCUGUCUGUACUGUCUUGCUAAUAGCAUAAAUGAUAUUAUCCAAAGAUGGACCAGAGCACAAGACCACGUAGGCCAUCGCUUACACAACAUCUGCAGCGCAUACUGCACAUUGAUGGCAUUGGAAAAAGGCAUAGCAGUAGCUCACAGUCACCUGGUGCGGGUCUCACAGCUUCGCCCCAGCAACAACAAUUCACACAACAAAGGGUACAAAUACCACAGAGUUACAUUCAUGUCAAUGAAAAUUCAUCUCAUACUCACACCCGGAAUCAUACCUCCUAUUCUUAUACAUCAUUGGACUCGAGACUUACCCCUAUGAAUGGAGAAAAUCCUGGAGGAAUUCCAAAAUCGUCAACUCGUGAGACUUCUUUCCGAGGCCCACAAGCAUCUUGUACUCCUGAGGAAACACCGGCAAAUUUGGAGAAUUGCGUUUCACCCACAUGGUCCAGAAAUUCUGCCGUUCGAAAUGAGAGGCGGGCUACACUGCGACUAGAGGCAGAGAGGGUAGAGCUCGAGAAAAAACUCAUGAAGCUUGAGCAAGCUGAAUCAACUAAGGAUCUCGGGUCAAUGAGACGGGAACCACGCCGUCUCACCAAGAAGCAGCCAUUCGGCAGCUCAAGUAGAGCGUCAAGUGUAAGUGCGGAUGAAUCUAGGGCUUCUAAGCGGAUUUCUUCUAUUUUUUCAAGCUCGAGACGCUCAUCGAGAUCGCGCUCAAGCUCUUUAAAUGAGGAUGAUAGAGGCACCCCAAGACCUCAGUCGUUUGGAUCCGAAUGUGCCACACGUACACUAUCCACGACCUUGCCUGAACGCCUCAGCACAGCAAUCUCCAAGGAGCUAGCUGUCCAAAGCAACCCGCUACUUGCAAAUCAUACAUCGCCCCUACGAUCACAGAAGCUAUCGCACUCAGAAGUACCCAUGGCAGCUGGUCAAGGAACUGAGAGCAAUAAACAUUUCGAUAGACGUGAUGCGGGUACCUCUCAUGUGCAGGGGCUCAAAAGGCUUAGGCAAGACCCAAUGCAACAAGUUGCCCCAAUAACGAUGUCCAUAUCAGAUGUACAACAAGUUUCGGAUUCUUCAGAAUUAGAUCGUUCAUCAUUUGCAGCAGCAUUGAACUUCAGGAAAAGAGUCUCUGGCAAAGCACAAUCACAUGGGCGUCUCUCACAGUCUACACCCUCUCAAAGCACCACAGCACAAAAAGAGAACCGUCGUGAACUAGGUGCCACUGGUCCCUCAAGGAAAACAUUGGCAUCUGUCACCACCCUGAAUACUAACCAUCGCGGUAUUCGAAAGCCUCUCAUUGCCUUGCAGUUAGGCUCGUCGGGGAGCGUACCGGUUAGAACAUCACGAGGCAAACCUCAGGGAUAUCACAAGCGUUUCACAUCGUCUCCACUUGCAGGCUUUCCAACAACGAGUAACACCACUUUUCAGUCUCUCGACGCCGUUCCAACUGAACAAGCAUCCGCAAGCCCUGAUGGCAUGUGUCACACGGAGCCUCCUGCAUUCUCCAAAGUAACUGCCUCUUGUAAUACAAACCCACCACGCCCAAUGACUUCAUUGCGACUGUCGAAUGGAGAUGGCAGUGAAGGCAGACACGUUCCAGUCAACCCUCUUGAUCUCACGCACACAGCUAAGGAGAGUCUACGGGCCAGUCUACCGAAUAGUUCAGGGUUAUCAGAUCAUAGCCCUAAGCCAUAUUCGAGUCCAGCAAUCCCCAAUACUCAACCAAGAGGGCCUCUUGCUUUAAGCCAGGGUUUGCAGCAGGCACUUGAGUCUGUAAAACCACAUGAUUACGGUUCGCCAGGCAAUGCGCUGGAAACACACCCACACAACCACCCAGCGAGAUCUGGGAGUCAAGAUGGGGGUCUUGCAGCAUCACAAACUCGCCUGGAAGGGGGAAACGCCUCCAUGCACACGUUUAAUACCAACUUUAGUGGUCGAGGGGAGCCCUCGUCACCUAUAGGUGGUUCAACAAGUGCCUUGGGUUACAAAGUAGGACGUUCAACCGUUUCAUUGUCGGCUAGCUUGUCCCAGGAUCCAGAAUCGGAGGAUUACAAUACCGCAGAUGAAGCUGCAUCGACUGCUUCAAAGUCGCAAAGCGAUGAAUCUAUCCCCGUCAAACAAUUGAAUAUUGCUUCUGUUCCUGCCGGUCUUAGCACCUUUGCUAAUAAAGGCUCAUCCUCCAGGCUUCAUCAUCCCCCCCCAGCUGUGCACCCUAACGCACCAGCCCUCUGGACAGAACAAUCUGGAGGAAAUCCAAGACAACUUCAGCGAGGCCAACGGGUCGCGAAGCUUUUCGUUAUUUGCUGCCAUUGCGAGUUCUGGCACGACAUGCCGUCCGAGGUGUAUACAAAACUGGCUUUCCCUGCCAAUCCUUCUAUUCCUACAAGACACAACCCUGCGUCUUUGGGAGGAAUAUCGAACUUAAACAAUCAAGCUUUUUCUAAGGCGCAAGUAGGUGCUUUGUCAGGCUCAUCCAUACAUUUAUCGAUUCCAGAAUCUACUAGUCCCGGGAAUACCUCUAUAUCAAAGACCGCAGCGCAACUUUCUAACUCUGUUGUGCCAUGCUGCUGGUGUGAACAUUACAUGACCAGAGUGUGUUGUCAAGGAUGGACCACAGUUGUUGAUUUGCGCGAGAGACAUCAUUAAACUAAUGUGAAUUAGCAUAUUGCUCUCACAAGACAUGCGAGCUAGACUGCGAAUAUGUUUUUUGGAUCAUCUGCCUUGAUUUGUC